AUGCACGCCGUGGUGCAUCACGGCGACCAGUUCUUGGAGGUUCCAGACGCAUCCGUUACACUGAGAGAUAUUUGUGACUCAUUUGGACUGACUGGCGACCUCGCAGGCGUCUGCAUCAAGCAUCGUGGGACCGGGCGUGUCGUGGCGACGCUGCCAUUUGAGAGCCUCCCCGCUGUUAACGACGCACAAGGCGAAGAAGACAACGUAUACGACCUCUGCAUCCCCACCGACGAUGGCAUUGGGGGCUCAACCCCUACGACGGAUGACAUGACGGCUGUCUUGAGACAUCUAGUGCAGCUGGGGGCUGCAUCUCUUCUGUCAACCGAAUCAGAAUUGCAUCGUUCACUUGAUCCGUACGAUCCUCAUAUGUCGCCGGGGUUGUUGAUACGAACGAUAUAUCCACCUUCGCUCUACUCGCCGUACCGACACCGCGGGGAUCCACUCAGUAUGCAAGGAAAAUUUGCUGCUGCGUUCAUUACGGGGCAGAUAGCGGGACCGCCGUAUACUAGUGCCGUGGAGCCGUACACUGUGGAAGAGGCGACCGAGGCGACGCUGCAGUCACGGCCUGAUCUCGUCCCGCAGAGCGAGGAGGAGGUGCACGAUAUUCUGCAAGGGUUAGUAGCAGCGGCUACACAAGUAAAGGCUCGGAUGACAAUGGCAGAUGCAGAGGAGAAACGGCAUGCACCAUUGGAUGUAAAGCCGAAUGUGACGCUUCUGCAAACACAUGGGAUGAAUUCCUGA